AUGACUACCAAGACCACCUUCGGUAUUAACGAGCUUCUCAGCGCUGAGCGCGAGGCUCAGGUGAUCAUCACCCAGGCCAGGAAGGAGAAGGACGCCAAGCGCAAGCAGGCUGAGGCUGAGGCUGCCAAGGAGAUCGCCGCCUACAAGGCCGAGAGGGAGGCUCACUACAGGAAGUACGAGCAGGAGCACGGCACGUCGUCGACGGACUACAACAAGACGCUCGACGAGAAGACCGUGCGCGACAUCCAGCAGGUGCAGCGUGAUGCUAAGGAGAACGAAGACACCGUUGUGGAGCUCCUCCUCAAGUCUGUCAAGGACGUUCACAUUGCCUAA